ACUGGUGAACUCGAGGAUGCAACCCCCGGCUGAGACCUCGGCAUCCCGAGCAACGGCAGUCGCGAGCAGUCGCGAGCUUCGUGCCGAACUGGGGCGAUGCUUGUCACUCGUUUACGCGAUCACGAACGUUCGUCAUUGGUGCUGCCGUCGGUAACGUUAAAACGUUAUUUCUUAAAUCCCUUUAUAUCUUAUAUUCCUUGUCGAACUCCUCGAUAUUAUCUUUUAUCCUUUUUACGGCGAUCACGAAAUUUUUUUUAUUCAUCUCGACGCCAUCGUAAUCGGCUCGAAAGCUUCAACGACGCUACGAUACCCAGGUCGACACGUGAGCACGACGACGUUCUAUCAACGAGAUGAGAGACGUCUGACCGUUCGGAGGUGGUGUAAGGAAUGGCCAGCAGUACGGAGGACUACGGCUCGGAAUUGCAGGAGUUGCAGUGGGGUGGUGGUAGCGGUUCUCAUUUUCUACGAAAUAAUUCUCACUUUCUGAGAAGCGGUACCGGAGGUUGUUACGAGGCUGAGGAUCUUGAACCAAAUAGCAGGCACCAUGCCGGUCAACACAGAGGAUAUUAUAGCCCGCCUGGCACCAGUUAUACCAUUGUCGAAAGGCCACCCAGUGCUCCUCAUCAUCACUCUUCUCAUACGACACCUUAUAGGCAUCGAACUCAUGCGACUUCCGGUACUGGUGCUAUUUCACCGGAACAAGUACUCAGGUUGUUCGGUAAUGGUGUACCGGCGGAAAGACGUCAAGGUGAACGAAGGACACCUGCCUCGAGUCCAGCCAGCGUGGCCGCCGUGAGAAGUACGAGUUCUUCUCAACAGGGUCAACAACAGUCUCAACAACAAUCUCAACAACAACAACAACAACAGCAACAACAGCAACAACAGCAACAGCAGCAACAACAGCAACAACAACAGCAGCAACAGCAACAACAACAGCAACAGCAAGGGCAACAGGUUGUGGGCUCGAAUCCGCCAACUUCACCAGGUUCGCAGCCUUUGAGCCUUCAGGAGCUCACCGUAAGGACAAUAACCAUGACGAGAGAUCCACCGGACUCUCAUCAUGGAUUUGGAAUCUGCGUGAAGGGUGGCAAGGACGCAGGUGAGAUCCGAAGUACCUUCAAGCUACCCCCGUCGCCGUACUUCGUGCCUCGAGAACGAGAUGUGCAAUCAGGGGUGGGUGUCUACAUCUCGAGAGUGGAAGAAGGUUCAGUGGCCGAGCGAGCUGGACUCAGGCCAGGGGACACCAUUUUAGAGGUGAAUGGCACACCCUUCCAUGCGGUGACCCACGAGGAGGCUCUCAAAAUGCUGAAAUCCUGUAGGACUUUGAGUAUGACGGUACGUGGACCGGCAUUAGAUCCCCGUUGCAGAGUUGGUCAUCCUGUUUGGCCAUCUUCGGGUCGUCAACAAUCCUGCAGUUGGAUGGACCGUCAAGGAAGACCAGCUUCUCCACCACCUUUUUAUUCCUCCCGAGAUUCCCGAUAUGGACCACGAACGCGAAAGGUCGAACUUUGCAUCGAACCAGGCCAAUCCCUUGGUCUUAUGAUCAGAGGUGGUCUCGAAUAUGGCCUUGGAAUAUAUGUCACUGGAGUAGACAAGGAUAGUGUCGCCGAUCGUGCUGGACUUCUGGUCGGAGAUCAGAUUAUAGAGGUCAAUGGACAAAAUUUCGAGGAAGCCACACACGAUGAGGCAGUACAGAUAUUAAAAACAAACAAGAGAAUGAGUUUAUUGAUACGAGACGUAGGAAAGGUACCUCAUUCGUGUACCACCAGUCAACCAAUUGUGAUGCCAACUUCGAGAUAUCCUGAACACGAUCCUCUCAUUCUCGAAAGUCCUGGAAAUCAUCGGCCGCCUAGUCCUGCAAGCAGUACGAACGAAUGGAGACAUCGUGGUGGAAUUCACACGGUUUCUGCGGCUACAGCAGCUAUGGUUGAAGAAAAGGCAAGGGUUGUACUAGCGAGAAGUGAAAGGGCAGCGCUCUCCCAACUUCUCGCCGAUUAUAGAACGCGAAGGCUGACGGUCGAGGAGCUGGUUGCGAAUCUUGCCGAUCUUUUGAAUACCCAAGAAAAAUUGACGCUUCUAACGGAACUCAGAGAACUCGUUGAUAGCAAGGAUAGAGCUGCUUUCGAUAAUUUAGUUUACAGACCACGCAUCGCCAUGGCCAGGAAAAAAGGAGAUUGGAUUCAUUCAGAUCUAAUAGUUAUACCGUUACUCCACGAUCUUCCGAGGGGUGUAACCGGUGGUUGUUGCCGUCCGGGACGACUGGUGGACGUCGAGGGAGAUCCCCUGGGAGUGACAGGACCUCUCCUGCCAAGGGAUAAUCAAGAGUAUAGGUCACCGAGCGAGGACAGCGGUCUCGGGGCUGAUAUCCCCAGGACCAGAGUGACCAGCAGGAGGGCUCAACAACAUCAGGUGACUACCUCCGACCUCGCCCUCUCCAACGACGACGAGUGUGAUAAUCAGGAUUACGAGGACGAUAUAGACAGCGGACGGGGACGAAGACAUAGCUCGCCUGGAGGAUCCCGAGGAAAUACACGAGAUUACGGACAUCAUCAUCUUCAUCCGGAUAAUUUGGAGAGCGACGGAGGAUGCGAUGAUAGCGACGCCGAGAUGAUCGGUAAUGGGAGGCGCGGAGGAGGAGGAGGAGGAGGAGGAGGAGGAGGAGGUGGAGGAAUAGGAGGAGGAGGAGGAGGAGGAGAAAGGGAACGCGAUAUGGAGGAGGAUGAGGAAGAAGGAAGGGAAGAGAGGAGCUCGGAUGGUGGAGGUGGUGGAGGUUUCGGUGGUUGGAGGUCCCACCUACUCGGUGGGCUGACGCAGCGUGUGAAAUCCUGGUACUGGGGCGCCAGGCCCCUCGAACUCGCACACAAGCUCUCACGGAGCUUCGAUAUGCAAGAAGCACAAUUACUCGAUGAAGGUAGUUCGGGUGGAGGUUCUGCUACUGGAAGUGGAGGACCAGGUGGACCACCUAGGAGACAUCAUAGUGCUCAGAGAUUAACCAGAAGCGAGAUGUCCGAUAGAAGGGAAGAAGACGGUGCUUUAGUUGUACCGGAUCAUCAAGGAAAUCUUAGGAUCACCGUAAAGAAAACUAAAUCGAUUUUGGGUAUAGCGAUCGAGGGUGGUGCUAAUACUAAGCAUCCUUUACCAAGGAUCAUCAAUAUUCACGAUAAUGGAGCUGCUUACGAAGCUGGUGGACUGGAAGUUGGUCAACUUAUUCUCGAGGUCGAUGGUCACAAGGUUGAAGGUCUACAUCAUCAAGAAGUUGCCAGAUUGAUAGCGGAAUCAUUUGCACGUCGUGAUAGAAACGAAAUUGAGUUUCUUGUAGUUGAAGCAAAGAAAAGUAACCUCGAACCAAAACCAACGGCUUUAAUCUUUCUGGAGGCGUAGCAGGAGUCCCCCACCUCCGAGCCGGAACCGCCGUAGUAAGAGGCUCCUCUCAACAAUCUAGAAAAUCGGUCCGUGAGAAAAAGAGAAUCAUGUUCUAACAUGAGAGAAAAUUUAAUCCCGAUGAUCGAUUUAUGAUAGAUUAACAAUCGAUUAUAGUAAAAAAAUGUAAGAACUCAUUCUCGAUUCGCGGCCGAAUUUUCAAAUCGGUCGUUCCUCAACCUGGCCCUGGUGGUGGGACCUUUCAACAUUGAAAUAACGAAAUAGAAGAGACACAUGAAAAUACACACAAAAAGAAGAAAGACGAAAAUAAAAUAAAAAAAAAAAAAAAGAAAAAAAGAAGAAGAAGAGAAAACAUUGGAAGGAGGAAGGUGCAGAGUAUGAAAGGUGGAAAUCUGUGAUCGGCAAAAGUUAAUCGUUCGAAGCCAUUACAAAAAGCAAAAUCCUAAAUAAUGAGAUCAUGUCGCGAUUGUUUGCGAAGGAAGACGAAUCGAGGGUACAUAGUUGUUACCGGUUACUUUCAGGUCAAAUCGCGAGGCCUCCUUGACCUGCUCCCUUAAAACUGGAAACAUACGAAUCCGGUAACAAAAGUUAUAAUGUUGGUUUCUGAUAAAUUCUAUAGUAUUCCGAUGACGAAUGAAAUACUUGGAUCUACGAUUAAUUAAUCUAUGAAGAAUGAAUCCGCUAAUAAAGUUAUAGUGUUGGUUUCUGAUAAAUUCUAUAGUAUUCCGAUGACGAAUGAAAUAUUUGGAUCUACGAUUAAUUAAUCUAUGAAGAAAUGAAGAAGGUGACUCGUGAAUUGUGCCAAAACUAUUUAGAAAAAAUGGUCUUUCGUUUUAGAGACAUACAUACAUACAUAAAUACAUAUAUAUACAUACAUACAUACAUACAUACAUACAUACAUACAUACGUUAUUAUGAAAAUAAUAAAUAUGUCGUUAAUCGUCAAGGGAAAGAGAUCUUUUUGAUCGGUGUUACUUCGUAAAUUAUGAGUAUGAGAUCAAAAUUAAAAAAAGAACAUGUGAUUUAAUGAGAUUUAUGUGAGAUAUAUCAACGUUUCGAAGGAUACCAGGAUACGAAUCUUCUCUUGAUAGUUCCUUUUUCUUUCUAAUCGUGUUAAUUUUCAAUGAAAAAAAAAAACUAUAUAUAUAUAUAUAUAUAUAUAUAUAUAUAUCCUAAAUGAGGUAAACGAUAUAUAAUCGAGGUUUUAUGAAAAGUGAAAUAAGUUUAAUUAAAAAAUCAUUUCCUUAAAUAGAAUGGAAUGCGUUUGAGCGUUUUACGUAAUAAGAUGAGCCGAGAUAGCGGUAAACGAGACGUUCGAGAAACGCGACGUCGACGAUAAGGACGUAGUAGUAUAACGUGACUCUACGUCAUCGGUAAAGCGGAUAUUAAUAUUAGAAAGUCGAUAACGGGGCGAACGGCCGACUGGACUUGUGAGAAAAAGAGAAAGAGAGUACAUAUGUAUGCGUGUGUUUUGCGUGUAUGCGUGCGUGUAUAUAUGUGUUAGACCUUGCGUCCUUCGAAACGUGGAUAUUACAUGUCGAUCUAACAAUAAGUAAAAAGAAAAAAAAAAGAUUGAAUGAACGAAACGAUUAAUUUGUAUCACAAGGGAUAAUAACCACUGAUCAAGAUAAUGAAUUACAGACAAAAACAUACAAAAACGAUCUAUCGCGCAUUCUAAGCUUCGAUAUAACAUACACGUUAAUAUUAAUUAAUAUUUCAAGUUGAGAUUAUCUCACGACGUUGAUAAUUAUUUA